AGAGUACAAGUUAUCGGUAGAUUCGUCUCUUUCUCUCUGUCGCCAACGCUGUUUUGCUUCUGUUUCACCUUCGAGUGGCGAUUGCAACUCGAACUGCAAUAGAGCUGGGGUUUAAAUUAACAACGAACGCUUGUUUUUUUUAGAUUUUUUGUAGAUGAAAUAGCAAAUGAUAUGAUAAUGGUAGCUCAUCUACCAUCCACACUAUGUGUCAAAAUCUUCAAUACAAGAGGAAAAAAAAACUUUGGAAUAAUCGAGAGACACCCGAUGAUAACGAUGAUGAUGAUGAUGAUGAUCCAAACGCCAAACAAAGGAAAUACAUUUUUAUACCCUAGCGCAAGUAGCCUCCCGAUGUCGAUAGGAUUAGAAGAGAUAGUUUAAAUGAACGGGGGAAAAAGAAAAUGAUAACGUUACCAAUUCAUGCAUUACCUGCAUCCUGAACGUGAUUCGCUGAGCUUACGAAUAUGUUUCAUACGUCCGACCAGUGGCCGACAGUUGGUGCGUGCCCGGUCCAGGUCUUCUCUGUCAUUCACUACCGUUUUGGACCGGUGUUGACCGAUGAUGGUCCCGAUCCUUCCACGGUGCAUUCAAAUUUAUCAUAAUCGAAUAGUAGUUAGUAGGGAAAGGCGAUGGGGCUCAACAUUCCUGGUGGCCAAAGCAGCAACGGCAGAACGGAGAAUCGGUCCAUUCGCAGGCCGAUGGUGGCCGAUGGUGGCUGCCACAUUGCAGAUUUCAUAUCUUUCUCCCCUUUCUAGGUGUGCUCUAGUAUGUAAGCCGAACCUCAGAAAAUGUGCGUGGGUCCGGGAGAGAGUGAGAUGUCAUUUCGCUUCCAUUUGAGCGUUGGCCACAAUCCCGUGAAACACCGCAGGCAAUGAAAGGUUAAUCUGUUUUGCUUAGCUAACAUGCCGAGAGAGAGAGAGAGAGAGAGAGAGAGAGAGAGAGAGAGGUAGCCAAAAACAGAAGAUAUAGUAAAGCAAUACAAAACGUAUAGGAGAGUGUUGUUUUGUUUCGAUAAGAUGGUUUUUUUUCAUAAACGGAAGCCACCCUUAGCUACCUUUUGAGCAUGAUCGUUGUUGGAACUGUAAAACCUGGCGUACAAUCCAUCAUUAAAUUAUCUGGCCAAAUAGACCAAUAAGCAAAUCGUA